AUGGCAGGGGACACGGAAACGUCGGUUUCAGGAAUGCUGUUUGCGGAUGAUAUUGUCGGAAUGCUGUUUGCGGAUGAUUUUGUCGGUAUGUCGGACACCCCUGAGGGACUGCAACUGCAAAUUGACGCGGCGAAGAAGUUUACUGAUAAGUGGAGAUUGUCUGCCAACGUUCAGAAGAGUGCCGUCAUGGUAUGCAACGAGAACAAGGAGGGACAAGUAGAACAUAGAUGA